CAUACAUACAUACACACAUACGCUUCUUCUCGUCUUCUCCGCUGCAAUAAGCAAUAAAUAUACAAGGAAGAAUGGUAAAGAGAAUAAAAACAAAAAGGAAAGGAAAGGUAAGGGGUGUUGUGGGCAAAAAUCAUCAAUGGCGGAGCAAGUGAGCAACAAGCAGGUGAUUAUGAAGGACUAUGUGUCUGGUUUUCCGGACGAAUCCUACAUGUCAAUCACCAUAUCAACUCUCACUCUCCCACUCAAGCUUCCUUUUUCUGGGAAUGGGGUUCUUCUGAAGAACCUCUACUUGUCGUGCGAUCCUUACAUGAUUAACCGCAUGAGGAAACCCCACGCUUCUUCUUAUGUCGACUCCUUCCAACCCGGCUCUCCUAUAUCCGGUUAUGGAGUGGCUAAAGUUUUGGAUUCUGGGGAUCCAAACUUCAAGGAAGGUGACUUGGUUUGGGGAAUAACCGGGUGGGAAGAAUAUAGUAUCAUCAAUGCAACACAGGCCCUGUUCAAAAUUCGACAUACUGAUGUCCCUCUGUCCUAUUAUACAGGACUCCUCGGUAUGCCUGGUAUGACUGCAUAUGUCGGUUUUCAUGAGAUUUGCUCUCCUCAGAAAGGAGAGCGUGUAUUCAUUUCAGCAGCAUCUGGAGCAGUUGGUCAGCUUGUUGGCCAGUUUGCAAAGUUGUUGGGUUGUUAUGUUGUUGGGAGUGCUGGGAGCAAGGAAAAGGUUGAUUUGUUGAAGAAAAAGUUUGGGUUUGAUGAGGCUUUCAACUACAAGGAAGAGCCUGAUCUGGAUGCAGCUUUGAAAAGGUACUUCCCUGAAGGUAUAGAUAUUUACUUUGAGAAUGUUGGGGGAAAGACACUUGAUGCAGUGCUACUCAACAUGAGGAUCAAUGGAAGAAUCGCAGUUUGUGGGAUGAUCUCACAGUACAACCUUGAGAAGCCUGAAGGCGUACAUAACUUGAUGAAUCUGAUUGUGAAACGCAUCCGCAUGCAAGGAUUCAUCGUCACCGACCACUAUAACCUCUACCCUAAGUUUCUUGAAUUGGUUCUGCCCUACCUCAGACAAGGCAAGAUUGAAUAUGUGGAAGACAUCAUUGAAGGCCUAGAGAAUGCUCCAUCUGCUCUGAUUGGCCUCUUCACUGGCCGCAAUGUCGGUAAACAAGUAGUUGUAGUUUCUCGGGAAUGACAUGCUCUACCUAUACAUACAUUUUCAUAGUAACUACUUAAAAGUCUCAUCUCCCUGCCACAAAAUGCAACUUUUAGAGAGAUGUUUGUGGUGGAAUUUUUCAUGCCUAUUUAGUCUGUUUGAGCAGUAUUUUUUCCUUGAAUAUUCUGUUCUUCCUUAAUGAAUGUUAAAUCUGAAUGAACUAUAGUGAGACAAUGAAUGUCGAAGUUGAAUGUAA